AUCUGUAUUAUCGUCUUCAAACGCAGAGGAGAGAAGAAGUAGAAAUGGAGGGAAAGGAGGAGGAUGUCCGAUUGGGAGCCAACAAGUUCACUGAGAGGCAGCCGAUUGGGACUGCGGCGCAGAGCCAAGACGACGGCAAGGACUAUAAGGAGCCUCCGCCGGCACCUCUGUUUGAGCCGGGGGAGCUCACUUCAUGGUCCUUCUACAGAGCCGGAAUAGCCGAGUUUUUCGCCACUUUCCUCUUCCUCUACAUCACCGUUUUGACCGUCAUGGGCGUCGUUCGCUCCAAUGAAGCCAACGGCAACACUUGUAAGACCGUAGGGAUCCAGGGGAUCGCUUGGGCUUUCGGCGGUAUGAUUUUUGCUCUGGUUUACUGUACUGCUGGAAUCUCCGGUGGCCACAUUAACCCGGCGGUGACUUUCGGGCUGUUUCUGGCGAGGAAGCUAUCCUUGACCAGGGCGAUUUUCUACAUGGUGAUGCAGUGUCUUGGUGCCAUCUGCGGUGCCGGCGUGGUAAAGGGGUUCCAACCCAAGCCCUACGACAGGCUCGGCGGUGGAGCUAACAUGGUGAGCAAGGGGUACACCAAAGGGGACGGCCUUGGCGCUGAGAUUGUGGGCACAUUUAUCCUUGUUUACACCGUCUUCUCCGCCACUGACGCCAAACGUAGCGCCAGAGACUCGCAUGUUCCAAUUUUGGCACCGCUACCAAUUGGGUUCGCAGUGUUCCUAGUCCACUUGGCCACCAUCCCGAUCACCGGCACCGGCAUCAACCCAGCUCGGAGUUUGGGAGCCGCCAUCAUCUACAACAACGAGAAAGCCUGGGAUGACCACUGGAUUUUCUGGGUGGGACCCUUCAUCGGAGCAGCAUUGGCAGCUUUAUACCAUCAAGUGGUGAUCAGGGCCAUUCCCUUCAAGUCCAAGUGAACAUCCAAUAAUUUGGAAUCCAAUGUUUGAAUUUGAUGAAUCUGUCUGCAUCAUUUGUAUGAAAUCAAGUGUUAAUUCAACGGAGUGAGUGUUCGUAAUUUGUUUUUUAGAUGGGUGAUGUAUAAAUUUGUUCGAUCUUUAAUAAAUGGGUUGUUUUUUCCUUUUUA